UUAUGUUAGAUAAAAUACUGGGCUAUGUUACACUCAACUCACGUAUUUAAAAAUACAAAAUUCCAGAUUUGUCAUCAUUAACCUUAUGUGAGUUAAGUGUAACGUAACCAAAUUGUAUUUGUUGUCAGCUGUAAAUGAUGAACAAGGGUGUAUGCAAUAAUCCUGCUAAGAUGAAUGCAAACCAAGGCACUGUGGGCAGCGAUCCAGUUAUCCUAGCGACAGCUGGGUAUGAUCACACCGUUCGCUUCUGGCAGGCCCACAGUGGGGUUUGCACCAGGACUGUCCAACAUCAAGAUUCUCAAGUGAAUUCCCUGGAGAUCACUCCAGAUCGCAGUAUGAUAGCAGCGGCAGGCUACCAGCACAUUCGAAUGUAUGAUCUGAACUCAAAUAACCCCAACCCUGUGAUCAAUUAUGAUGGUGUCAGCAAGAACAUCACUUCGGUGGGGUUUCAUGAGGAUGGCCGCUGGAUGUACACAGGGGGGGAGGACUGCAUGGCCAGGAUCUGGGACUUAAGGUCACGGAACCUGCAGUGCCAACGGAUCUUUCAAGUCAACGCACCUAUUAACUGUGUCUGCUUGCAUCCAAAUCAGGCAGAACUUAUUGUUGGUGACCAGAGUGGAGUUAUUCAUAUCUGGGAUCUUAAAACUGAUCACAACGAACAGCUGAUUCCAGAGCCAGAGGUUUCAAUUAACUCAGUUCAUAUCGAUCCUGAUGCCAGCUACAUGGCAGCUGUCAACAGCUCAGGAAAUUGUUACGUGUGGAAUUUGACUGGAGGCAUUGGAGAGGAGGUGACGCAGCUGAUUCCCAAGACAAAAAUACCAGCCCACAAACGAUACGCCCUCAGAUGUAAAUUUAGCCCAGAUUCUACACUCUUAGCUACUUGUUCUGCUGACCAGACCUGCAAGAUAUGGAGAACCUCCAACUUCUCUCUGAUGACAGAGCUGAGCAUCAAGAGCAGUAACCCGGGCGAGACGUCUCGUGGAUGGAUGUGGGACUGCGCCUUCUCUGGGGAUUCACAGUACAUUGUCACGGCCUCGUCAGAUAACCUGGCCAGGCUGUGGUGUGUGGAGACGGGCGAGAUCAAGAGAGAGUACAGCGGUCACCAGAAAGCUGUUGUGUGCCUGGCCUUUAAUGACAGCGUCCUGGGGUAACGAGAUGACUUCUUCACUGCUGGAUUUCAUCUGAGAAGGCUGACCUGUUUCUUUGUUUGUGUAUAUAUGCACACUUCCUCAGCAGUGAAAUAUGGACCACUUUAUUAGCACAUUGACUAGCAAAGGAACAGUUCAUUUUAUCAUGUUUGCUAUGAUCCCUGAUGUGUUUCUGCUGAGUAAAUUUAGAAUUGUUUUUAUUUGUAAUUUUACUAAGACUGCAGAGGCAUCAGGCCUUAAGGUCUGAUGUGUCCUGAUAGAAAAACAAGGAUUGUCAGACCCUUUUCUGAUGACUGGUCCUGAUGCAUUAUAUGUCACAUGGUGGAAGUUGCUAUGUUGACGUACUCCAAACGGGACCUACACACAUAAAACGACCUUUAAGACAGCCUGAAUCAUGGAAGCAUGACCACUUGUGCCAGAUUUGCCACUCUAUUGGCUAAAAGGUCUCCCCUAAAACCCAUUCCGCAUCCUCUGUUUAUAAAUGAUAUAUGACCUCAAGAGAAAUUUCUCAACUGUAAAAUAAAAUGUACUGGUAGUGAGGGUAUUUAUAUAAUAAUAAUUAUAUAAUGUAGUUGCUUUGACUGGUGAACAGCAAUUAUUGCUUAAUACAAAAGUGUUUUUAUUUUAUAUGCAGUGUGUGUAUAUAUAUAUAUAUAUAUAUAUAUAUAUAUAUAUAUAUAUAUAUAUAUAUAAGUAGUGCAACAAUUAAUCGAUGCAUCGAUUAUUGAUCAUCUGCCCUUAAAUUUGCAUCAAAUUACAACCCAGUUUGAAGUCUCCUGUUGCCGGUUUGCAUUAAAACCAUUUUUUUGUACUAAAAAGUGACAAGAACACAGCAUAUACUUUUUAUGUUAUAUGUAAUCAUUUCAAAAGAAUGCCAACAUUAAAUCUAUCGAUUACCUUC